CUCUGGAUGUUAAAUUAUGUAUGAGGUAGGGAGUGGAGGUGGCGCAGCGGUUUUCGUUUUUGCUCCGAAGUCUGUGCCGAAAGAUCGUCCUAAUUGUCUUUUACCCACCCGAUCCUCGGAUAUUUCUUAGCAGAGCACCUUCUGAAGACCCUUAGACGUCUGAAACAGACUGUAUUUCCAUGUGAGGUCGUAGGUCAUCACCAUGGAGACGCCCCAGGUGCCGGCGAAGCUGCUGCUGUCGACCUUCGUCCUGCUGUUGAUGGGACUCAGCCUCGGCAACGAGACUGCGGUGCAUCCGAUUGGCUUCCCGACGGCGACGAAUCGUGAGAUCGCGUGCGAGGGUCUGGUGAUCAACCUGCGCUGCCCGAGCCACCGCGUCAUCUACAUCGAGGGAGCAAACUACGGGCGCACGGACAACCUGACCUGCGCACGCAACCCACGCCGCAUGCGCAACACCAACUGUAGGCACCCGGACUCGCUUAAAACUAUGGCGGACAGAUGCAACAGCCACUCCAGCUGCAAGGUCGGCGCGCUCGACGCGACCUUCGGCGGCGACCCCUGCCCCAAAACGUACAAAUUCCUGGAGGUCCAUUUUAAAUGUCUCACCCACAAUGCCCCCUGGCUGCUUGGCCCGGUACUGCACCCAUCAGUCAUGUUUUCGAAUUUUCCGGUCCUGUCGUUGUGCCGUAGAUGUAACAACCGCUCGCAGUGUGUCGUCCCCGCCCUGGACGGGGUAUUCGGAGAAGACCCCUGCCCCGACACCUACAAGUACCUCGAAGUGUUCUUUCGUUGUGUGUCCAGCUUUUUUGAGUGUCCGGGUACGCUGGAGUCGGUCGGCGCGCCGGAGACUCACACCCAGAUGGGGACCAAGAUCGGGAGCUGGUACCGAGAUCCCGUCCCGGGCGUGGGGAAGGGGAAAAUCUACGUCAUGCCCUGGCGACCGUUUAACACUAUAAGCGUGGAUGAGUACGCCGAUCUGGACGAUCUGGAGGACUUGAAGCCUUCGCGUACGAUCGCCCUGCCCGAUAAAGUCGACGGGACAGGUUUCGUCGUGUACGACGGAGCCGCGUAUUACAACAAGGAACGCUCGCCGAGCAUCAUCAAAUUCAACCUGUCGACGUUGAACAGAGACCUGCAGAAGGAGAUACCGGGCGCGAGGUAUCACAACGAGGCUCCGUAUCGCUUCGGAGGGAUGUCGGAUAUCGAUUUAGCGGUGGACGAAAAUGGGCUGUGGGCGAUCUAUGCGACCGAAGAGAGCGAGGGGAGAAUGGUGAUCGCGAAACUUGACCCGGAUUCGCUCACGGUCGAGAAAACCUGGGAAACGAACUACAACAAACGCGCUGCCACGAACACCUUCAUGCUCUGCGGGAAGCUCUACGUUGUAAGCACGCGGUACGUCCAACCGGUCGACACUGGUGGGAAGCUUGUGUACACGUUCGACACGACAACGGGCGACGCGGAAAACCUGAACCUUCCGUUCUACAACCGGUACGGAUACAACACGCAGGUGGACUACAACCCGCGCGACAACGCGCUCUACGUCUGGGACAACGGUUACCUCCUCACCUACCUGUUAACGUUCAGCACCGGUAAGUCGGUCGGCAAAAUCACUGCAGUAGCAAAAAACUCUCUUAUCUUUCUCUCUCACAAUCACUUCUACAAACAUAAUUUUUCUCGUCUCUCCACUUUUCUCGACUCUCGUACUAACCCCCGCCGAGUUGCCAUGCCGACAGGUGCAGUAAACGUUGAUAUUUUCGCAGUGCCGACAGAACCCCCGCCCUCCCACCCCGCGUCACCUGAUAUCCCGACCGUGGAUCCCGACAAGGAAGGUCUGAAAACAACCCCGUCUCCUGUAUUGCAGCCGACUACUGCUGACAGACCUGAGCCCCCCCAGAGGCCGGUGUCCACCCGGAAGCCGCCUGUCCGUCCCGGGACCCCCGGUGCCGCCGUGACCGCCCGUCCGCAGAGACCAGACACCCCGACCGUCCCGUCACCCACGGUGAUGGUUCCCAUGACGACCGUGGAAACGCCGGCGUCGCUGCAGCAGUUCUGUCCGCCCGUGUUCGCCCGCAACAUCAGCUGGCCGCGUACACCUGCUGGGGAGGUCAGCAAACAGCCCUGUCCACCCGGCACCGACGGAGGAGUGGCGACCUGGCGGUGCGGGCGGAACCCGGUCCAGUGGAGCACGGUGACCCCUGACCUGACGGAGUGCACGUCCCUGUGGGUGGCCGGGAUCAACCGCAAGAUCCGGGACGGGGAAUCCGCGCUGGAGAUCGCACAGGAUCUGGUCGGGAAAAUCCACGAGAGCCCGCAGGUCCGCAAAAUCUACACUCUACAUCUCAAGUGCCUCAACACCUUCACUCAGACCCUUGUAGAAGCCGGCAGCAUGUUACUGGACGAGGACAGAGUGGAAUCCUGGGAAGACAUGUCCCCGGGGGAGCAGUCCAUCUCCGCGACCACGCUGGUGAAAACCGUGGAGGAGAACGGACUGCUGAUGGCGGAACAUCUGCCGCCCAGGCGCAAGGUCAUGGCUACAGAUAACAACAUCGCUAUGGAGGUGCUAGUAGUCGACACCACAGGUGAUGUGGCAGACAUGUCCUUCCCACCUGAAGGCAACGCCAUCUCUGAUAUCAUCACUUUACCUGGACCCAGCAUCAAGGCACAGGGACGCAACGGUACAGCGAAGGUCGUGUUCGUGACCUACAACACGCUGGGUCGUUUCCUGACCUCCAACAGCCCGCUACACGGUGACAGCAACUUCGUGGACAGCUCCGAGAGGACCCUGGGAACGAGAGUCAUCGCUGCGUCAAUCAACCGCAUGGAGCAGCUGCCGCUGCCGGAACCUGUGGUCUUCACACUGGAACAUACACAGGAGAACGUUUCCGGUCCUCUCUGCUCCUUCUGGAAGUAUGACCCACUUGUCCUGAUUGGCUACUGGUCAGGUGAGGGGUGUGCCGUCAUGGCGACCAACACGACUCACACGUCCUGCUCCUGUAACCACCUCACCAACUUCGCUGUGCUCAUGGACACCCGCGGCGUCAAGCUGGCCAGUACUCACGUGGUGUUUCUCUCAGCCAUCACCUGGGUCGGGAUGAUCAUCUCCAUCUGUUGUCUCUUCUGUGCUCUCAUCUGUUUCUCCAUCUUCAGAGGGUUGAAGAGUGACCGUAACACCAUCCACAAAAACCUCUGCUUCAACCUCAUCAUAGCUGAACUCUUCUUCCUCAUAGGCAUAGACAAGACUCAGUAUCAGGUUGCAUGUCCCGUGUUCGCCGCGAUUCUUCACUUCUUCUUCCUGGCGUCGUUUGCGUGGAUGUGUCUGGAAGGCUUCCAGCUGUACGUGAUGGUGAUCGAGGUGUUCGAGAGCCAGUACUCCAGACUCAAGUACUACUAUCUCUUCGGAUAUGGAGUGCCCCUGGUUGUGGUUGGAGUGUCAGCAGCUAUAGACCAUCGCAGCUAUGGAACAGAGAAAUACUGCUGGCUGCAGUUAGAUAACUACUUCAUCUGGAGUUUUGUUGGGCCUGUGUGUCUCAUUCUGCUGCUGAACGUGAUUUUCCUGACGAUCGCCAUGUACAAGAUGUACGUCCACAUCACACACAAGCCUGACCAGACUCGCACUAACACACUCAAUGAUUCCAUAGAGAGUGAACUGGACAAUGCGACUCAGGAGUCAAACUUCCUGUCGUGGCUGAAGGGGUCGGCGGUGCUGCUAUGCCUGCUGGGAUUGACGUGGGCGUUCGGGCUGCUGUACAUCAACGCGGAGUCCGUGGUCAUGGCCUACGCCUUCACCAUCACCAACGCCUUCCAGGGCGUCUUCAUCUUCAUCUUCCACUGCCUCAUGCAGAAGAAGGUGCAGAAGGAGUUUAAGAGGUUUGUUCGGCGCAGCAGCUGGUGUCCGAUCUGCAUCAAGCAGCGUAUGGGCGUGCACAGCGAGGCGUACAACAUGUCCAAAAACUCUACAUCCCGCUCGUCUUCUACACCACAGCGUUUCAGUCGCUGGUGGAGCGUCGUUCGAACUUUCCACAAGAAAUCCAACUCCUCCUUCUCAACCAGCCUGGACAGAGGCCAAAUCGUGAUGUACCACAACGUGAAGAACAAGGACGGCAGCCUGAGUAACGGGACCAUUGAGACCAGCGAGUCGAACGGGCAGAUGCCGGCCAACCUGGUCCCCAACUUCCACUCCAACCCUUACCACGCCGACUCCUACUGUGACGACUUCAGCAUCUCAGACACUAACUUCUACCACAUCGGCAACGGCGGGGACUCCGUCGUCAUCCCAUGCCUCGUGGACGCGAACAUCGGACGCCCGCCGGACGUACAGAAGAAGGGUUUGGGCGGAGUUGGCGGAGUUCCGAUCGAGGAGGAGGAUCUGAAUGAGAGAGAGAAGACACCGCUGCUUCAGAGACAUUCGGUCGUUUCGGACUCGAGUCGCGAGGACUCGGAGGAGAGCAGCACGCGGGCGCCGCUCGUACCGGACAUGCAGGAGGGAAAGAAGGAGACGACGCACCAUCGCAGCAUGCCGAACUUAGACUCGCAUCCGGACAGAGGUGACCGGCCGCCGGGGGACGGAGCGAGUAGCAACCUGGAGGGGCAGCACUUCCAGAGCACGCCCAACCUCAGCCCGGCGAAGCAGCCGCGCGGCUCGCAGAGACAAUCCGUCCUGAUGCGCGGGACCAGUGACGGGAUUGUGAACACCGCGUCACGUUGCUAUAGAUACUCGACGGACAGCGAGAUAAGCUUCGGAGCCGCGAAGGACCAGGACGUCCACACGGACCCCGAGUUUGGCGGGGACACCGCGAUCGCGCCGCAUCCUGACUUCUCCGAGUGCUGAAACUUCUUUGUAGCUGAAUCUUGAGAAACAACUGACUGUAGCAACCGUCUUGCCCUGUUUAAAAACACUGCAGAAGCUUCUGAGAUGUAAAUUGUAGGUCAGCAGAGCUUUUGGGAGUUGAGCACCAAAGUGUAUCACUACUACAAGAUGUACACUUGUCUACAGAGAUAUUGUGCCACACUGUUGAGGCACUUUGUGGAGUAUUUUCUAGGAGUAAGUACAGUGUGACUCAUUUCAGGUGAAUGAAAUUUCAGGCACUAUUAAUGACUGUGGGAACAGGAGACAAGGAGACAAGUGUUGAAGGCUCUAGAUUUGUAAAGGGAACAGAAACACAAGAGAAAGCACACUUCUGGUCACGUGAAACUUUCCCACCGUUGUUGACAAUUGUGGGGUAAAAAAACAGCUACGAGACACUUGGCUUGGUGAAGCUUCUAGAUUUUCUAUUUAAGCGUAACCGAAAGAAAAAGUGAGAGGCCAGACCCUCUGAAGGGUGUGGAAGGGUAUCCCAGAUAACCACAGUGGUAAAUAUUAAAGAAAUAAGCAAAUACAGGCCAGGAUUUCUGGCCAAGAGGAGUCCAGUAUCUGGAGCAGUGCAGUAGGACCUGUAGAGUAGAGCCAGGUCUCGUGUUAACAGCCUCACUGCUGUUGUGUUAGUUACUAAAGAAUAUGGAUGCAUAUGUUCGAAUUAGGUUUCGCUGCAUUACAAGUUUAACCUGCACACUACUGAUGGGUACAUGAGGUUAACCAUCUGACUGCUGAUGUGGUCAGAUUGAUGAGAAGUCUAACAAUUACUAGUAGGCAAUACCACAUCAGUUCUAUAGUUCUCAGUUUCCUGUGUAACAAGUGUGAGAGUCAUUUUAUUUCAGUGUUAACACGGGUGCACUUUCGUUUUUUUAUUUUAAUUUUUAGUUUCAGCUGCAGGCUUGUCCAGUCCUGGCAACCAGGGCAUUAACUUGACAAGGCCUAAUUAUUAAGUAGAUGACAAGACAGUUGAACUGUCUGGUUCGUUAGCACAGUAGUUCGUUAGGCUCUUCUCAUGUGUACGUGCCAAAACACUGGCUCUCUGUAAACUGUUAAAGUAGCUCCACUGCUAGGGUUAUUCAGGAGUACUGAUAAAACUGGGAGAAGAAGAAUAAAAAAUGUUUCAAGUUAAAACUUUUGGUGCAGCACAAAAAGUUCUCAAACCUAGUGCUUUCUAUUGUGGACGACCAGGGUGACUGGUCGAAAGCUCUAGGUGAGAGAAUUUUUUGUGUUGGACCAAAAGUUUUAACUUUAAACAUGUAACACAGAUGAACUUUCAUGAUACAUGUAGUAUAAGAAUGAAAAAUUGUAUUUUGUAACCUGAAUUUGUGCAGAGCAUGAAGAGAAGAGAAACUAUAUUUGAAAUGCUGUUAUUCUGGCAUCGGUGACAAUUGUGAAGAAUUGUGUGUGUGAAAAUUGACAGGUUGGUUUAGAAGUUGUACAUGUGUACGUGCAAAAUAUUAUGUACAUGUAUGAGGGGAUUUGUAUGUAGGGGGGGCAGUUUAUGCAAGUGUUUAUCUUGCCAUUUUUUUGUCACAGGAAUUCCACCGAUGUUCUUGUCGCUAGUGUUGUUUGUUAUAUUGUUGCACUGUUCAGUUUAGAAGCCAUUCUGUAUUCCCUAUGACUGUCACAUUCCUGUACAAAAAUUCCGUAUGAUAUUUUGCUAACUUAUGAUAAUAAUGUGCAGCCGGCAAUAGUGAACAAGUAGGGAAAAAAACCUUCUUGCCAAGAAAUGCAACAAAACGCUUGUAUCAUUUCGUGCUCGCGUAUCGUGACUAUAUAGUAUUAAUAUCUACUAUAUCAAGAACUGUCAACAGAGCCAUAUUAUUUUUAUAUACUAGUGGACUUCUUGAGACUAACAAAGUAUUACUUAAAGACAAAGUAUUACUUUCUUAAGACUGCUGCUGAGUAGGAUCUUGCCAACUUUAAGACGUUUGUGUGCAGUGAGGUGAAGCACCUGUAAAUAUGGAUAUGUUUGUAACAUUGUUGUACUUACCUUGAACUUGAACUACUCGUAGCUGCAGCAGAUACAGAGGGUGUCGGAUUUCCGCAAACACAUCACAAGGUCAAGUUGGGUUCUACAGGAGCACUGUGAUUGGUGGAAACGGUCCACUUUUUCCUUAUAUGGUCAAAUUUGGUUCUACAGGAGCGCUGUGAUUGGUGGAAAAGGUGUAAUUGGAAGAUGUGCUGUGAUUAGUACAAAAAUUAAUGAUUUCUACCACCAUUCCCAUAUAUGGUGAAAUUGAUGAGAAUGAACAUAUAAGGAUGUUGCAAUUUGCAAAUUGUGCUGAUUACAAGGUAUUUUUAAAAAGUCAUUGAAUCUAUUAUAAUACUUUUACAAAAGAAGCAAAAUAUGCACGAAAGUAUCUACAAAAUAUGAUGAAGACUUCAACAAUGGCUUUAAGAUUUUAUAUAAGCCAGACUAAAAUUAAAGUAUUAAGACUGACUCAAGCAUUCUUCAACCCUGUUGGCUAACCAAGAUGUCUUUCAAGACAUAUGUCUCCUUGCAGAACACCUGAAGACGUUUGUGUAUUGCAGAAAGGACCCUUCUGUUAUCUUGCUGUGCCGGUGCUAAUAUUAGACUGUAUAUGUCUGUACAGAAUACAUUAUAGUUCUCUAUGGAAGUGACGCAAGUUUCGCUUCCCUGUUGAUGCAUCUAAACCCGUAACCUGUGCUGUACUCUGUGCCAUGUGAGUUGUAUGAUAUAUGAAGUAUUUAUAAUUAGAUGUAACCCUGCACAGUGAACCUGUAAGUAACGUGUGCUGUACAAAAUGUACGUAAGGCCUGCAUGAAGUGUCCGGUAGAGAGGAGGACAGGUUUUGAUACGUGUGAAGCUGGAUGGCACACAGAAUAAACUCUUAAAGUUAC